UUGUAGAAUUAGAUAUGCCAAAAAUAAUGAUUUUGAAAAAUUAUUAUACUUAAAAGUAAAAUGACACUGCCUUAUUGGAAAAUCCUUCCUCGCGUGUGGAUCUUUGCUCUUCAGUCUUCGUUCUUGCUGUUGCUGUUCUACGCGUCCUUCUGCUGCAGCUGCCGAAGACGAUAGUGUUGUUUAUGACAACUUGACGAGUAUUAAAUGGGCUUAGUGGCAGUUACAUGGCAUAAUUUUCUAAGAAAAUGUCAUCCACAAAAGAUAAGGUCUCUACAUACCUUGAAAGUUGAUCAUCAAUUGGAUCAAAUUUUGUUGUCUCCACCGCUUGCUUCUCUGGACAUACGUGAUAUCUGGACUCCCAAGUCUUAUUGUCAGAAUAUUCCAGAAGUACAUAAAAGCUUUAAUGAACAGAAUGCUGUGGUGCUUGAUGGAAAGUUGAUAUCAAUGGAAAUCAAGUCAAAAAUAGCUGAUGAGGUAAGAAGAAUGAAGAAAUGCCUCGGAAAAGUUCCUGGAUUAGCUGUAGUUUUGGUGGGCGAGAGAAGGGAAUCUCAAAUUUAUGUUCGCAAUAAGGUAACGGCUUGUGAAGAAGUUGGAAUCAGCUCUAUGGUGACUGAAUUAUCCACUGAUUGUGCAGAAGCAGAAGUUCAUAAUGCUGUCAUGCAAUAUAACAAGGAUCCAUCAAUUCAUGGCAUUCUUGUGCAGCUUCCUCUACCUAAACAUUUAGAUGAGGAAAAAGUUUUGGAUGCUGUAUGCCUUGCGAAAGAUGUCGAUGGCUUUCAUCCCCUUAAUAUUGGGAAUCUCGCAAUAGCAGGAAGGGAGCCACUAUUUACUCCAUGUACUCCAAAAGGCUGCAUUGAAUUAUUGCUUAGAGCUGGUGUGGAGAUUACGGGGAAGAAAGCUGUAGUAAUCGGAAGAAGUAAUAUUGUUGGUUUGCCGACAUCCUUGUUAUUGCAGAGACACCAUGCAACAGUCACCGUUGUACAUGCAUUUACAGAAAACUCAAAACAGGUCACUUGUGAAGCUGACAUUGUAGUUUCAGCUGCUGGACUGCCGAAUUUGGUGCGUGGCGACUGGAUAAAACCUGGUGCAGUUGUGAUUGAUGUCGGGACGACUCCUGUUGAGGAUCCUAGCUAUGAGGACGGUUACCGUCUUGUUGGUGAUGUAUGCUUUGAAGAAGCUGUUAGGGUUGCUUCCAUUAUUACCCCUGUCCCCGGAGGAGUUGGACCUAUGACUGUUGCUAUGCUACUACUUAACACACUGGAUUCUGCAAAACGCAUUCUUAAUUUUACUUGAUCUACUGUUUAGUUGACUCAUACUUCUCAUUAAACUUUUUACUUAGAACAGAAGAGGACUAGUUUAUAAAGUUUUGAAUGAUCUUUUAAUGUAUCUUUGUACUUGAACAAGGACUAACUUAGAAAAUAUUAAUGUUAGAAAAUUUCAUGAGAUUAGUUAAUCAAAAUGCGUUGUAUUUAUCUAAUGUUGUCUUUAUUGUGAACUUAGUUCACGAGUUCAAGUGGUUUAGUGCCAUGAAAUUUUUUAUUUUAUAUCGAAAGUGGAUACUUGCUGUUGGUUCUUUUCACAAUUCAAGGACACAUCAAGCUGAAGCAGCAUAUACUAUGGCUUAGACGAGAAAGAAGCGAGUUUUGCUUCUAAAUUGAGAAUCAGUUAUUGUUAUAGCGAGUAUAUUACUAUAAAGAGUGUGUUUAUACAUUAU